AAACAGAAACAUUCCCCCUACGAACGAACUCGCAAGAGAGAGAGGAGGAAAGAUAGAGAAAGAGACGGAACACCCUAUAAACUCGCCUCCGAAAUAAUCGUCUACUAUCCGCACGGCUACCACCACCACCCCCGUGGGACGUAUGAUGUACUCUUCGCAGCCGUCUGGCCACGCCCUGCCUCCGAAGCCCGUUUUCGACAACUUUGCGCAUUCCCAUAUCCAAGCCUCGUCGUCAUUCGUGUCAAUUUCUCCUCAUGCGAGCCUAGAUACCAUUCCGGCGAUUCCGGGCCACCACUACUCGUUCUGUAUCCAGCUGUCGAUACCGCCACCGCCGCGCAAAGAGGAUACACUGCUUCUGACCAGCAAUGCCGAACUCAACUGGCUGCAUCCGGACGGGUGUCCCCCAGUUCCACGGAGAUUGCCGUUCUACCAGAAUGUAGUGCGGGAGUUGGAGAUCUUGUGUAAGGAGAUUAACGACCGCCCCGGUGGCUGCCAAGCGUCCGUAACGGUGUCCGAGCCGCAGAGUACUACCGGGCCCGGAUCGUCAGAUCAUAGUUUUGAAACUCAGAGGCCGAAGAGUGAUAUCGUUAUUGGCGUCUGGAUUGCUGCGCCGGACAGCACCGCGAUCGAAAAAUUGAGAUCUUUGUUCCUUGCGCGGUGUCCGGUUGCAUUGAGGGCGGCGUGUGUUGACCUCGAUCAUGACCUAUUCUACGGUGCCGACGGAAAGCCCAGUGCGAAGGUCGUGAACCACUUGACACAAAUAUCGAACUAUACCGGAACGGGCAUCUUCGUCAUGAAGCCCGAGGAAUCGAAGGCGAGCGCUGCUGGCGAUCCGGAGGUGGAUGCGAGCCAGGCAACGCGACUGCGGGUCAAAAUAUACGGCGAUUACGAGAGUGUCGAGCAUGCGAAGACCCGUAUACUCAUCAUGAUCGAUGACCUUCUUGGCAAUAUUGUUUCGCCGAUGUACGUUGAAGUUUCGCUACAUAGCGUGCUGUGCGGUCGCUCGAGAAAGAACGUCAAGCAGAUCGAGUCCGCUACUGGAACGGCGGUCUACUUUCCUCCACCUUUUCCGCGCGUGUAUGGCUACUUUCCGCGAGGGUGUCAACGACGGCAUCCUGACGAGAUCUUCAUUGUUGGUCCUACCAAGGCCGAUGUUGCAAAAGCGGAGCAGAUGCUGAGUUCCCUGGCCUGCCAAGCGAACGCAUUCGUAAUGACUCUGCAGAUGUCGUACCGCAAGAUUGACUUUUUGCUGCUGGAGCGCCUCGACGAGAUCAAGAAGAUUAUGGAGGCCAAUGGCACAUAUGUUUGCUUGCCGGUGCUCGGAUCUGGCAACAGUUCCAUGCGGGUGCAGGGACUGGAGACUCUCCAGAUCGACCGUACCAUGCGAGCGAUAAUGUCGAUCGCGGGACAGUAUUACGAUUCGACGUGGUGGAUGAUUGACGACCGGACGACAAUCAGCGGUCGCCGUGUCCCAUCCCCGGCAGAGUUCCAGCAGAUCCUCAUUGACUUGUCAACCAAGAGCGGUGCCGACGUGGCGUUCAACAAGAACUACUUCGAAAUUGUCGGCUCCGACUGGGCUGUGAGACGGUGCCUUGAGCUCCUCAACGAAAUUGACUACGUCCGAUGCAGUAACUACCAAUUGCGGGUCAAAAUCGAACUUGCUAACGAGCACAAGGAGUUUGUGGCUGGUAAGAAGAACGGCAAGAUUAAUAAGAUUAUGGGCCAAUCCAACAUCCACAUUCUGUUCGAUGGCUUCAGCGAAUACAAUUUUUACAUCGACGUCGUGGGUCAGAAGUACGACAAUGUCAAGGUGGGCUUGGAACUGGUCGAGCAGGAGCUACCAGCAUCAAUGUCAUUCCACGUUCCGGACUCUUACCACAAGCGGAUCAUUGGCGUGGGUGGUCAACACAUCCAAACGAUCAUGAAGAAGUACUCGGUUUUCGUCAAGUUCUCCAACGCGAUGGAGCGGGGGACAGCAGGCAAGGUGGAGAACGAGGAUCUCAAGGUGGACAAUGUCGUGUGCCGGACACCAGCCCGGAAUGCGGCAAAUUUGGAGCUCGUCAAGGCUGAGAUCAUGGAGAUGGUACAGCAGGUUGAUGCUGACAUUGUGACUGAGUCGGUCGAGAUUCCGCGGUUGUUCCAUCGCAAUAUGGUCGCGCAACGAGUCAUCAUUGACGCUUUGGAGAAGAAAUGGAGUUGUAGUGUUUCGUUUCCCAGCACGGAGAUGGCCAGUGAUUCUGUCACCAUCAAGGGACCCGAGUGGCAGGUUCCCCACUUUAAGGAGGGGCUUCUGGCACUCGUUCCGGAGAGUCACGACAUCCGGUUAAUAUGGUCACCGGAACUGGCUACAGCCAUGGUUGACGAGCGUUUCACUAGCGAAGUCGUAGAGCCCACGAAGGAUCGGAUGUGCAUCCAGAUGCAAGUAGGAGAGGCAAACCUGGACAGCCCCAUCAAGGAGCAAAAGAUCACGUUCUCGUAUACGCGGAACGAUGCGGGUGGACUGCAGGACGCCAUCGACUCAUUGACCAACUAUCUUGCGCUGCGCGGCGUCAAGACGGAGGUUAUCCAAGGGCGGCUAUCACGGCCAAAAUCGGAUUCAUUCGAAGAUUUUGCUCCGUUCUUCAGUUCAGCAAUCCUCCAGAAGUCGUCAUCCAACGGCUCGCAGGAUGGUCUCAACAGGCCUGGAAGCAGACUCUCUCUCUCGGGAGAGCCCGGCUCUAUCACCGGAGAUAAGUUACAAGCCGAGCCCGGCAGAGUGAUGAGUGACAUGGAAGCGGCUUUCUACAAUGGAGACCGCAGACGCGGAUCAGGGCAGGACUCUGUCGCUGGACCGCCUGGAAGUGCUGGCUCCGCAUCUAGCAGAGGGUCAUUCCACAGCAGGGCCGGAUCUUUGGACUCAGACUGGGAGAAGAUUUCACAACAUUCCCGGACAUGAGUUUAGUUGUUGUCUCGUUGUCAUUCGCAGUUUCUCACCCACUUCGUCGUCAUCCAUACCUACCGCCAUCAUCUUUGCUACCAUCACAUACCACCAUACCUUGCCCUCUGCGUUGAUUCUCCGAACAACAUUUCGUUCCGUUUUUCGUCUGUUCGAGCUCGUGUCUGCCUCGGUGGCCUGCUUUGCCGGGUAGAGGAAAGAUAUUGACUGCUUUUCACUUCAUUGCACAUACCGUUAAUACUACAUACCUUGAUUGAUUAGUUCGAUUUGUUACCCAGGUGGUUUCCUUUUCUUUCGCAUUUUUUCGCAUUUUUUUCCCUUCAAAUUCCUUCCACACCAAUUGUCGAAGAGUUCGAUAACGACAGAAGUCCGUGUGGUUGUCUUUGUCUGUGUCUAGCUUUGUGUUUUUUUUGCUCCC